AUGCCGUUGUCUCUGACACGCCAGGCGGCUCAGCAGUCGGACGAUGUGAGGCAAACUGAAGAGGAAUUAGUGCCACGCAGGGUGGUGACACUUCAUCUGCGUCCUGCAACCGCGGAGAACGAGGAGGAUCGCAUGCGUCGUGUUUCGUGGGAAAGAAAUGUGCGGGAAAAUAAAAACCAGCGCGUCAGUAAAAGUUGCUGUGUUUUUCAUAAAAAAAAACUUUUUGGGGAGAGCAGCAGCGAUGAAAGUAGUAGUAGCAGCAGCAGCAGCAGCAGCGGUGACGAAAGCGGCGGUGUUAUUGGUGACAACGACCAACAGAGAGGAGGUGAUGCUCACCAUUACGGCCGUCAUGGAAGCCAUGAGGGCGAUCCUGCUGCUUGCCAGCACGGUGAUAAUCGCCACCACCGCCAUAAACAUCCACCUUGCACAAAGGAGCAUUGUUACUGCGGAACGCGGUUUCAUUAA